AAACUCUUAACAUAAAACCCGUUCCCUUUUCUACUUUGAUAAAAAUUUAUAUCUUGCAAAGUAUUGGUCGAUAUCUUCAUCAUCAUUGAAGUUGUUAAGAAUAUUGGACUUAUCAUUAAUAAAAUAUUGGCAUGGCAUGCCUAGUGAGAUUGUGAAUUUGGUUCAUUUAAGAUAUUUAGCUUUAACAACUAUAGGUUCUGUUUGUAACUCUCAAUUGUUUAAGCUCCAAAGUUUGCAAACUCUCAUUCUCUCCGCUUGGACAAAAGAGUAUCAAUUGCAACUGCCAUGUGAUGUUUUGGAUUUGCCAUGGUUAAGGCAUGUGCGCUUUGACAAGGGAUCUUCAUCUUAUCUCCCAAACUUGGUUCAAAAGAACUUGCAAACUCUUUCAUGGUUCAAAGUUACCGGCUGGGACUCAAGAACAACAAACUUUACAAGAGUUCCAAACCUGAAGGAGUUGGGGAUCUACAUUGAAGGUGAAGUAUUGCCUAAUGCUCUUGACAACCUUGCUCAGUUACAUCAACUUGAGAAGUUAAAGGUUAAAACAGGAAGGGUAGAGCGGUUUAAUCUUCCAAAUUGUUUUCCAUCAAACCUCAAGCAAUUGACCCUUAGUAAUACGUAUCUUUCAUGGGAAGAUAUAGACAUUAUUGGCAUGUUACCCAACCUUGAUUUACUCAAAUUGAAAGAUUUUGCUGUUUGUGGCCCAAAGUGGACACCAAGGCAUGGGGAGUUUCUACAACUAAGGUUCUUCCUUAUUGAGCGCUCUGAUCUCGAACAUUGGAAUGCAAAUGCAAACCAUUUCCCAGCUUUGGAGCAUCUAAUUCUAAAAUAUUGUUGGGACUUGGAAAAACUUCCAAAUGAUUUUAAGCAGAUUUCUACAUUGCGAUUAAUUGAGUUAGGCAAUUGUUGUUCUUCUCUUGUGACUUCGGCAAAGGAGAUCCAACUAGCGCAACUAGAGUUGGGAGAUGAAGGAGUACUUGUUGUUCGUGAUGUAACUAAGAUUGAGCUGCCAACCAAUGAAAGCUCAGAUAAAAGGGGUGAGUACGCAAUUUGAUAACUUUGUGUUUGAGGAAAUCUGGUUUAACCAAGGGAAUCAUAUACAAGUUACAAUGAUGCAUUGGCUUCAUUCCCAGAAAUGCAUCCUGGAUUAUUGGAGUUCAUCGAUAAUGUUGGC